AUGACCAAGUCCGAGGAGGCAGUGACGUUCAAGGACGUGGCUGUGGUCUUCACGGAGGAGGAGCUGGGGCUGCUGGACUCUGCCCAGAGGGAGCUGUACCGAGACGUCAUGCUGGAGAAUUUCAGGAACGUAGUCUCAGAGGCAGUGACAUUCAAGGACGUGGCUGUGGUCUUCACGGAGGAGGAGCUGGGGCUACUGGACCCUGCCCAGAGGAAGCUGUACCGAGACGUCAUGCUGGAGAAUUUCAGGAACGUAGUCUCAGUGGGAGGCAAGAAUCUAAAGGAGAUGGAGACUCUUCAAGAAAUAGGAUUAAGGUACCUGCCACAUGAAGAGCUUUUCUGCUCACAAAUCUGGCAACAAGUUACAAGGGAGUUAACCAGGUAUCAAGAUUCCGUGGUAAAUAUUCAAGAAAUUGGCUCUCAGUUGGAAAAACAAGGUGUUGUACCCGGUAAAGAUGAGGCAUUCAGUAAUCAGAAUUCACAUCUUCAAGCUCACCACAGAGUCCACACUAGUGAAAAACCCUACAAAGGGGAAGAGUGUGAGAAAAGUUUUAGCUGGAGCUCUCAUCUUCAAAUUGACCAGAGGGCUCAUGCAGGCGAGAAGUCCUACAAAUGUGAAAAAUGCGAUAAUACUUUCCGUCGGUUUUCAAGUCUUCAAGCCCAUCAGAAAGUCCACAGUAAAGAGAAAUUAUACAAAUAUGACGUAUCUUGUAAAGGUUUCAGUCAGAGGUCACAUCCUCACCAUCAUCAGAGAGUCCCCACUGGAGAGAAUUCAUACAAAUAUGAGGAGUAUGGGAGGAAUGUCAGGAAAAGCUCCCGUUGUCAAGCUUCUCUGAUAGUCCAUACAGGAGGGAAACCCUAUAAAUGUGAGGAGUGUGGUGUAGGCUUCAGCCAGAGUUCAUAUCUUCAAGUCCAUCAGAGAGUCCACACUGGAAAGAAACCUUAUAAAUGUGAAGAAUGUGGGAAGAGCUUCAGUUGGCGUUCACGAUUACAAGCUCAUCAGCGAAUCCACACUGGAGAGAAACCAUACAAAUGUGAUGCAUGUGGCAAGGGCUUUAGUUAUAGCUCACAUCUUAACAUUCAUUGUAGAAUCCACACAGGAGAGAAACCCUAUAAAUGUGAGGAGUGUGGGAAAGGUUUCAGUGUGGGCUCACACCUUCAAGCCCACCAGAUAAGCCACACUGGAGAGAAACCAUACAAGUGCGAGGAGUGUGGGAAGGGCUUCUGCCGGGCCUCAAAUCUUCUGGACCAUCAAAGAGGCCACACUGGAGAGAAACCAUAUCAAUGUGAUGCUUGUGGUAAGGGCUUUAGUCGUAGCUCAGAUUUUAACAUCCAUUUUAGAGUCCACACAGGAGAAAAACCCUAUAAAUGUGAGGAGUGUGGUAAGGGCUUCAGUCAGGCCUCAAAUCUUCUGGCUCAUCAAAGAGGCCACACUGGAGAGAAACCAUAUAAAUGUGGUACAUGUGGGAAGGGCUUCAGUCGGAGUUCAGAUCUUAAUGUUCACUGUAGAAUUCACACAGGAGAGAAACCCUAUAAAUGUGAGAAAUGUGGUAAGGCCUUCAGUCAAUUCUCAAGUCUUCAAGUACAUCAGAGAGUCCACACUGGAGAGAAACCAUACCAGUGUGCAGAGUGUGGGAAGGGCUUCAGUGUAGGUUCACAGCUUCAAGCCCAUCAGAGGUGCCACACUGGAGAGAAACCAUACCAAUGUGAGGAGUGUGGGAAGGGCUUCUGUCGAGCCUCAAAUUUUCUGGCUCAUCGUGGAGUCCACACAGGAGAAAAACCAUACCGAUGUGACGUGUGUGGUAAACGCUUCAGACAGAGAUCCUACCUUCAAGCCCACCAGAGGGUCCACACAGGAGAGAGACCGUACAAAUGUGAGGAAUGUGGGAAGGUGUUCAGUUGGAGCUCAUACCUGCAAGCCCAUCAGAGAGUUCACACUGGAGAAAAACCAUACAAAUGUGAGGACUGUGGAAAGAGCUUCAGCUGGAGCUCAAGUCUUAUCAUUCAUCAGAAAGUCCAUGCUGAUGAUGAGGGUGAGAAGUACUUAACUUCGUCAGAGGAUUCACACAAGAAGGAAGCUCUGUAAAAAUUAUGUUUUAAUAUCUCAAAUGGGUGCUUAAAUAUUCCAAUUAUCAGAGCCAUCAUAGGAGACAAAACAUUUGUUUCAUAAAAGAGUCAGUAUUUCAGCUGGAGCUCCACAUGUCACAGUGAUUAGGAGACCGCACAGCAGAGAAGCCUCAUGAGAGUGGA